GUUCGCCAGUUCAAAAAGAAAAAAAAAAAAAUUUCGCGAACUCUUGAUUCUCUCCUUCGGGGAUUCAACCUCCAUCGUUUUCUCCCUCUCGAUCGAUCGAUCGAUCUGAUGAUGCCGGCGAUCAUGAAUCCGAUCGGCCUCCAGAUCCAUCCCCUAUGAGCAAUCCGAUACGCCUGCUGCGCCCACCCCGAUCCGGAACCGUUCUCUCAUGGCGGCGCCGAGGAGCGUGAUCGUGGACAUGGCGAGGCUGCUGAGGGACGGCGAGGCCGCCGCCGCCGCCGCCAAGGGGGAGGAGGACGACUCCCCCACCGGCAAGGGGCCCAAGCCGGAGCGGUUCCCGCUGUCGCGUGGGGAGCUCGCGGUGUUCGCCGGCGUCUUCCUCUUCUUCGCCGCGGGGCUGUUCUGCAUCUACAAGACAAUGCCCGCCGCCGAGUACGGCAGAAUCAAGCUCCCCCGCACGAUUUCGGAUCUCCGCGUCCUCAAAGAUGAUCUCUCACUGUAUGCUAAAGAGUACCCAGCAAAGUUCAUUCUCGGUUACUGCUCAACUUACAUCUUCAUGCAAACUUUCAUGAUACCUGGAACAAUCUUCAUGUCCUUGCUCGCUGGAGCUCUUUUUGGUGUCAUAAGAGGCCUUUUCCUAGUUGUCUUCAAUGCCACAGCCGGAGCAUCUUCAUGCUUUUUUUUGUCCAAAUUGAUAGGCAGGCCCUUAGUGAGUUGGUUGUGGCCUGAGAAGUUGAGAUUUUUCCAAGGAGAGAUAGCAAAGCGCCGGGAAAAGUUGCUGAAUUAUAUGUUAUUUCUGAGGAUAACACCAACACUGCCCAACCUUUUUAUCAAUUUGGCUUCUCCAAUUGUUGAUAUACCCUUUCAUAUUUUCUUUUUGGCAACAGUAAUUGGUCUUCUUCCAGCCUCUCUCAUAACUGUCAGAGCUGGCCUUGCUCUUGGAGAUCUUAAGUCAGUUAAAGACCUAUACGACGGGAAAACUCUGUUGGUGCUGUUCCUGAUCGGCUUGCUUAUCAUAAUCCCCACCCUCUUCAAGAGAAAACGAACUUAUGAAUGAGUCAUAAGUGAUAAGCCCCCUGUGAAAUGUUGUCGGAAACUGCCAAUCUGGGGACUGCUGAGACUGGGAUGAACUGAAGAUCCAGUGGCUUAAGUCUCGAUCGUCUUUGUUGGAGUUCAGCUAAAAGGCAGCUCUUAACCCCAUAUUGUGACCCACAAGUCGACUAUGGUCCCCCACACCUAUAGCAAUACAAAUUAAACCCAGACGUAAAACUGUAACUUGUACUGCUCCUUUUAUGUCUGUCCAACAAUAUAUGAGCACGAGGUAUAAUGUGGCAAUUGGAGCCCUCACAUUUUUUGCAGGGGUUCACUGUUGUACUCCUUUUCGAUGGAAUGAUGCUAAGGAUUCUAGUUUAUCUGAUGCUAGUGAAUUAUAAUGUAAUAGCAUCAUGAUCUCCGCGAACAAGGUGGACAUGCAGCGGUGACUCCUUCAGUUGAUUUGAUUUACCAUUCUUUUUCCCUUAUGAGAUGACCCGCAUGAUUUUCCUA